UUCUCUUCUCAACCCACCAACUAUCCAAUCCCUGACACCAUGGCUUGCUGUGCUCCCUACUGCUGCAGUGUCCCCACCGGCCCCGCCACCACCAUCUGCUCCUCUGACAAAUUCUGUCGGUGCGGAGUCUGCCUACCCAGCACCUGCCCACACGAGAUCAGCCUCCUCCAGCCCACCUGCUGUGACAACUGCCCUCCACCCUGCUGUGAGCCUGACACCUAUGUGCCAACUUGCUGGCUGCUCAGCUCUUCCUACCCGAAUCCCGGACUGAGUGGGAUCAACCUGACGACCUUCAUUCAGCCUGGCUGUGGAAGUCCCUGUGAGCCCUGCUCUUAAGCGGCCACAUCUUUGCACAGGCUCAGUGAUGUGCUGCUCAAGUCUUAUGCAUCAUCCGGCCUUCAACACUCGCUACUACCUACAUCAGAUUAAAUCAAUCCCAAUGGCCAGGGCGGUGUUUUCACGCAUUUGCCCAACUUCUUAAUUCUUUCUUCUUUUGGGUGGAGUUGGAGACCUUCUUUCUGUCUUUUAGGGUAUUUGUUCUUUGGACUACUUUGUACGUUUUGACUACUCAUUAAUAAACUUCAUUCUUACCUAGCAAA